AUGAACGAGGUGAGAUAUCUCUAUGUCGUCCUGAAGGACAAGACUGAGAUUCCUGUUCAACAGGGAACUAUUCAAGACACAGGUAGCAACCAUGGUCUUCAACGGCAGCUCAAGCCCCGGCAUCUUCAAAUGAUUGCCAUUGGAGGUGUGAUCGGCACUGGUCUCUUCCUAGGCACAGCAAGCGACAUCAAGAAUGGCGGACCCGCUGGUCUUCUCAUUGGAUACUGUAUCAUGGCUUCGCUAUUAUACUCAGUGAUGGUUGCACUUGGUGAGAUGGUGUCGCAAUUCCCGAUUCCUGGAGGUCAAUUUGCCUUGGCUGGCCGGUUUAAUUCUCCUCAACUUGGAUUUGCUAUGGGUAUUUUGUUCUGGUAUAAUUACAUUGUUGUUCUACCGGCCGAGAUUUCUGCAGCCGCUGUUCUAGUUACCUUUUGGACACCCGCAGGCCAAGCAGACUCGACCUGUUCCACUGGAAUUUGCAAUAAUGCCAUGUGGGUUGGGUUAAUGCUUAUAGUUGUGUUUGCCGUCAAUUACGCCGGAACGCGAGUCUUUGGUGAGAUGGAAUUCUGGUUUUGUUCGAUCAAGGUUGUGACUAUCAUUGGUCUCAUCAUCACAGGCGUUAUCAUCAGUGCUGGUGGCGGGCCUAACCAUGAAGCAAUCGGAUUUAAAUUCUGGCACGAGACUGGGGGAUUUAUUCAGUACAAUGGAAUUGGUGGUGCGAAGGGUCGAUUUCUCGGAUUCUUUAGCGUUUUGAUCAACGCUGCAUUUGCGUUCAUUGGCUCUGAGAUUACAGCAAUUGCAGCUGCCGAAACCUCAAACCCACAAAAGAACGUUCCGCGGGCGAUCAAGAGUGUUUGGAUUAGACUUGUGCUGUUCUAUAUUUGCAGUGCCUUCCUGAUUGGACUUCUUGUUUCUCCAUCCGAUCCAUCUCUCAGUCUCGCUUCAACUGCUGCCAAAAGUCCUUUUGUUAUUGCGAUUCAAAACUCUGGAAUCUCAGUGCUCCCAUCCAUUAUCAAUGCGGCUCUUCUCACCAGUGCAUGGUCCGCUGGCACUGCCGAUCUUUUUGUCUCUACAAGAGCCUUAUACGGACUUGCAUCACGAGGCCAUGCCCCGAAGAUCUUCCUCAAGACUCGGAAAGACGGAUUUCCUUGGGUUUGCUUCCUCUUCUCCGGUGCUUUCUCUUUCCUCUCAUUCAUGGCCGCCGCUCACGGAGAGGCGGGCAAAGUUUUUGGCUACUUCUCUAAUAUGACUGCUAUGUGCGGUAUGAUAUCCUGGACCGGUAUCUUAUGGACCAGCAUUCGCUGGAACAAGGGUCUCAAAGCACAGGGCAUUGAUCGGAAGACACUCCCAUACAUGGCGCCAUUCCAACCUUAUCUUUCUUAUUACGGAAUUUCAAUCUGUGGCAUGGUUAUUAUCUUCGGCGGGUUCGGUUCCUUCAUGCCCACUUUUGACGCUUCCUCCUUUGUCACGACUUACUUCCCGAUUCCGUUCUUUGCGGUACUCUUCUUCGGAUACAAGUUUUGGACCAAGUCAAAAAUGGUCAAUUAUGCCGACAUGGACUUUGUCACCGGAUCUUCGAUUGAGGUCACUGAAAAGGGAACCUCACAGACUCUGUGGCAGAAGAUCUCGGAGAGAAUCUAA